AUGGGAAGCAAGUGCUACAGAAAAACAACAAAAGGGGAUCCAGUGCCACUAGGGUUCAGAUUCCAUCCCACUGAAGAGGAAUUAGUGGACUAUUAUUUGAAGAACAAGAGACAGGACAGGGAUUUUAACGUUAACCACAUCCCCGAGAUUGAUAUCUGCAAGUACGACCCUUGGGAAAUACCUGGGCUCUUGUUCACAGAGCAAGACUCUCCAUAUCAUGAUAUGGAGUGGUUCUUCUUCAGCCGAAGGGAUUACAAGUAUAUGAACAGCAAUCGCUCCAACAGGGCCACACCGCACGGCUCCUGGAAAAUCACUGGGAAGGAACGUAUGAUCAGGGCUCGAGGGUCCAAUGCUGUCAUUGGGACAAAGAGGACCAUGACCUUCUAUGAACGUGGUGUGCCGAAAUCGAAGAAGACCAACUGGGUCAUGCACGAAUAUAAUCUCUUUGAAAGUGAAGCCAGUCCUGAUCCUCAGCUGGCAGAGAGGGAUUUUGUUCUCUAUCGAAUGAAGAAAAACCCCGACAAGAAGGAUACUUCAGUCUUCGCUGAAGGUGAACCUAGUAGCUACAAUUGCUCUAAUUGUGAAGAUCAAGCUGCAGAUGAUGUGACUCCAGAGUCACAGGAUCACAGCCCCUCCACACUGCAAUCACCAGCAUACAUAGAGCUGGGAGAUGUUCUGCAAGUUAAUGGUUUCAAUGAAGAUUGUAAUGAUAUGCAAUCACCAUUUGGAGAUAAUGACUACUCAGUUACCCAUAAGAAUGAUUUUUCAACAUGUGAUGAAGUCGCAUAUGAUAUGUCUCAAGAGCUAUAUGCUCAGCAAGAUAAAAACAGCUAUAUGAUCAUGCCUCAGUCACCAACAUUCAGGAAUCUAGAAGAUUUUAUGUAUAUUAAUGCCUCUGAUUUUGGAAAUCAAACUGCAAAUAAUAUGGUUCUAGAGCCAUGUAUUCAGCAGGCACAGGAGGAUUACCACUCUUUCACUCUGCCGUCACCAAUAUACAGCGAACUGGGAAGUGUCCCUCAUGAUGAUGUCUAUAAUAAUGAAUGGCAAUCUGCAUAUGCUAAUUUUGAAAAUCAAACUACAGAUGAAAGGAUUUCGGAGGAAUGUCCUCAGCCAAAAGAGAAUCUGAGAUCAAUCUUAUCUGCAUCUCAGCUAGCGGAUUACACAUCGCAGUCGCUAAUGAACACAGAAGAAUAUCAAAUGAGGCCUUGUGAAAUAGGCAUAGAAGGGGCAGCUGGGAUGAAUUGGGAGGGUUCAUUCUUUAAUUUUCCCCUGAAGCCGUAG